AUGAAUGACAAGCGCCCCCUCUCGUACGGCAUCAUCACGACGCUCUUCAGUAUUGCCAUGGUCACGAUCCUGAUGCGCAUCUGGGUCAGAAAAAUUGCCUUGCAGGCCUUCAGCUGGGACGACUGGAUGAUGGCAAGCAUGGUGAUCUUCUUCCCUAUGCAGCAAGCCCUUCUGUACUUCUUCCUCGACAAGGGCGCCGGCGAGCACAUUGAAGUAGUUAUGGCAACGCGACCCAAGGUCAUGACAGACCUCCUCAAGGGUCUCCUAGUUGAGGAGUUUUACUAUGUGUGGAUGCAGUUCGGCGUCAAGCUGUGCUUUCUGCUAUCCUUCUUUCGUAUCUUCGGCAAAGUGACACUCCGCAUCCCACUAUUAUUCGUCACUGCCUUCCAUGUCGGGUCCACCAUUGCUAUAUGGCUUCUCUAUGCCUUGCAAUGCCGGCCGCUGAAGGCAUUCUACCAUCCUGAGCUCUACCCGAACGUCAAGUGCAUCAGUAACAACAUUUUGAAAAUGUCGACCAAGAGAAAGCUUGCUGCCAGUGCCGUCAUCACCGCCGGUGGCUCUGCCGUGCUGUGCGGCGCCUUGCGGGCCAUUGUCCUGCUCGAGUUCGCCAAGUCAACCGACUUCACCUGGGCUUUGGGGAAGAUGGUCAUCAUCUCUGCCAUCGAGAUCGACAUGGGCAUCAUCGCCGCCAACAUGCCUGCCGUCAAGACUUUCUACCAAUGCUGGUGGCAGGGCAAGCUCGGGCCCGGACAGGGCAAAAACUUGGACAGCAGCAACCCGGGCCAAGCCUAUGGCGGUUCCCCUGGUGGGGCCCUGGAGCUGUCCAGCAACACGCCACGGUUAAAGACCCGUGGCGCAGUCAAGGGGCCGCAGCCUUCCGAUAGUGAAGAGGAACUCUGUGGGCGGCUCCCCGGGCAGAAGCCCAACCAGACCGAGGACCACAGUUCAUGUCUCAGUGAAGGGGCCUCGACAUGGGCCGUCCCCCCAAGUACAGUGACCUCGACCUGCAGUUUAGCGACGGCAGGGUAA